AAAUAUUGCAUAAUGAUCAUUUGAAAGACUAUUGAAAUCCUUUGAAAUCAUAAAUUGAAAUCGUAUGCUUUGAAAACUGGUAAUUGGUUAUUUUUUAACCUCUUGUUUUCAAUGUUCAAUCAUUCUUAUUAAAAUAUCUAUGUUGCAGAUAUUGGAAACACGAUAUUAUUAUUAAUCAUAAUUAAUCAUUAAUCAUAUUUGAGUGGUCAGAAUUCGGAUCAGAAAAGUCAAAUAAUAAGUGAAGAAGCAGGACAGGCCUGAGCAAUCGAGACUGAAUGCAAUCGGAGCUCAAUUGGCACGGUCUGUCCGUCAUGUGAUCAGAAUGGGUCGUUCCAAACGAUCAGAGAGUACGAGGCUCCGGUAAGUUGUCCGGUUUGAAUGUAAUUUAUGCAAAGUCGAACUCGGAGCUCAAUAAGUACAGGUCUGAAGCUUCAUUGGAAUGAAGGAGGGGAUAGUUUAGAGGUUAAAACAACUGGAUACAUUGAACAAGUUACCCCCACGGGGAAGAGCUGUCAUCAUGGCUGUUAUGUUGUGAUACAUGGUUAUUAAAUCCCUAUGAAAACCACUGUAUGCAUGGAGCUCCGACUGUGAAUAGACAGGAAUGACAAACCGGACAACUCACCAUUUCUAAAUCUAAAUCCAAAGGCUUUUAAAAGUCGAAACAUUAUGGAAGUGAUGUUUGGAAAGUUUCCCUGACAUCCCCUAUCCAAUUUCACAAAGUAAUAUUUACUUAAAUAUGUACACAUAAAACCUAGCACAGUCUAGCACUUAAACAUUUCAAUAACUUCUGCCGCAAUAGUCUAGAAAGGUACAGGUCUUGCUUAACCGGUAGGACAUGGCAAUAACUCCGGCAAGUAUGGCUGACAAGCACAGCGUGCUGCGCUGCACCUUCUCCGCCCCGACCCACAGCGCCCUGCUGCUGCAGGGCCUGGCCGCCCUCCGGACCCGGGGCCAGCUGCUGGACGUGGUGCUGGCCGUCAACGAGGAGCGCUUCCAGGUGCACAAGGCCGUGCUGGCCUCCUGCAGCGACUACUUCCGAGCAAUGUUCACGGGAGGCAUGAGGGAAUCGAACCAGGACACCAUUGAGCUCCAGGGACUGUCCGCCCGGGGGCUCAAGCACAUCAUCGACUUCGCCUACAGCUCGGAGGUCACCCUGGACCUGGACUGCAUCCAGGACGUCCUGGGGGCGGCCGUGUUCCUGCAGAUGGUCCCCGUGGUGGAGCUCUGCGAGGAGUACCUCAAGUCGGCCAUGAGCGUGGAGACGUGCCUAAACAUCGGCCAGAUGGCCAGCUCCUUCAAUCUGGCCUCGCUCAAGCAGUCGGUGGACGCCUUCACCUUCCGCCACUUCCUGCAGAUCGCCGCCGAGGACGACUUCCUGCACAUCCCCCUCGAGCGGCUGGUCUUCUUCCUGCGCAGCAACAAGCUGCGGAACUGCAACGAGAUCGACCUCUUCCACGCCGCCAUCCGCUGGCUGCAGCACGACGAGGCCCGCCGCGCCCGGGCCGCCGCCGUGCUGGGCCACGUGCGCUUCCCGCUCAUGCGCUCCUCGGACCUGGUGGACAGCGUGCAGACGGUGGGCAUCAUGGUGGAGGACGUGCUGUGCCGGCAGUACCUGCUGGAGGCCUUCAACUACCAGAUCCUGCCCUUCCGCCAGCACGAGAUGCAGUCGGCCCGCACGCUGGUCCGCUCGGACGUGCCGUCGCUCGUCACCUUCGGCGGCACGCCCUACACGGACAACGACCGCACGGUGAGCGCCAAGGUGUACCACCUGGCCGACUCCGCCGCCCGCCAGUUCAAGGAGCUGACGGAGAUGGAGGCGGGCGUCAGCCACGCCUGCGUGGCCGUCAUGGACAACUUUGUGUACGUGGUGGGCGGGCAGCACCUGCAGUACCGCAGCGGCGAGGGCGCCAUGGACUGCUGCUUCCGCUACGACCCGCACCUCAACACGUGGCUGCGCAUCGCCGCCAUGCAGGAGGGCCGCAUCCAGUUCCAGCUCAACGUGCUGCAGGGCGUGCUCUACGCCACCGGGGGGCGCAACCGCACCGGCAGCCUCUCCUCGGUGGAGUGCUACUGCCCGAAGAAGAACGAGUGGAGCACGGUGGAGCCGCUGAAGCGCCGCAUCUGGGGCCACGCCGGCGGCUGCCUGGGGGACAAGCUGUACGUCUCCGGGGGCUACGGGGUGUCGCUGGAGGACAAGAAGACCCUGCACUGCUACGACCCCGUGGCCGACCAGUGGGAGUUCAGGGCCCCCAUGAACGAGCCCCGGGUGCUGCACGCCAUGAUCGGCGCCAAGGACCGGCUGUACGCCAUGGGGGGCCGCAUGGACCACGUGGACCGCUGCUUCGACGUGCUGGCCGUGGAGUACUACCUGCCGCUCAGCGACCAGUGGACCACCGUCAGCCCCAUGCGCGUGGGCCAGUCCGAGUCCGGUUGCUGCUUGCUCAACGGCAAGAUGUACGUGGUGGGCGGGUACAACUGGCACCUGAACAACGUGACGAGCAUCGUGCAGGUGUACAACCCCGACACCGACGAGUGGGAGAGGGACCUGCACUUCCCGGAGUCCUUUGCGGGCGUCGCCUGCACGCCCGUCAUACUGCCUCAGACUCCCGCGCAGCGCUGACGCUGUCUGAAAGAGGGGAUGAACGGGUUGCUGUGGCGACCGGAUCUCUAGGUGCUCUCGUGACCGGCUCCUGUUACUACUAGCCGCUACUACGGUGCUCCUGAUUCUGUGUGUGUUUUGAGGAUAAUGACUAUAGGACAGACCGAUGGUUCUCUAUAGCACAGGUGGAGUACUAUUUACCAGGCCCUUGGCCAAAAAACAGGAAUGUAAAAGCAUUGAGGUAUUAUUUUGGUUCCGUGAGGUAUUAUUUUGGUUCCAUGUCUGUCCUUGCUUGGGGGAGUUUGUUAAUGUGCUGCAGAGAGAGUGACCCACUUACACUGGAGCUGGGGCUGCUGCUGCCAGUAUGCCUACGCCCAUACAGUUUAAUCAGCCACUCAUCCUACCCCUUCCCGCUACGCUGGCACAAGAUGCAGCUCAAAUGAUGGGUCCUUUUUAUGAGAAGGAGGGAGGGAGAGA